AACUGUUGUCUGUCACCAAGAAGUGCCUAAUUGGGCUGAUGACUUCUUAGAGAUGCCAAUUCCCUCCAAGGCUAUCCUGGAUCCCAUUAGAGGCUUCAUUUAGUGCUGUUUGGCUGCUUGUCUGGAAUGUUCCCAAAGUCUAAAGGAAUUCAUUGCCCAUUUCUCACUCAGGGUGAAAGGCUUACAGAAAUUCCUGGUCCCAGUUUACACAGGAUUUCAAUCCCCUGGGAGAUGUUAUUUAACACUACUUCUAUUUUGGCUCAGUCCCUCCAGCUGAGUGACCAACUACACACACUCCUUCUAACACUUUGUGAAGAUCUGCCACAUAAAAGAUUUUCUCCUGAAUCAAUCCUGGAAGCAUGUGAGGCACAUCAGAAGGAAUCUGCUUCCUUACCAGCAAAUGUCUAUGUAAAGAAAAUGGUCCAGUUUGCACUGGGGAGUGUCAGUGAGAUAGAGCAGGUGGUCACCGAAGACAGCACAGCCUCUCAGCUGAACAGGAGUCAUGUGAUAAGGAAAAGGCUGCACGAGAAAAUACCGGACACCUCACCACUGUCCUCCCAGAUGAAUUUUCACCAAGAUAAAGGGUCCAGAUUAAUGAAUUAUAGUCAGUCAACAGAAGAUUACAGACAACUCUCUGCAGACUAUAGUGACUCUAAUAGUAUUUCUGAAAGUGCAUCUUUGAUACUGUCUAACCGAGGACACAGGAGAGGAAAAGUUCCAGAGAUGCACAGGUCAUGUGACCCCACACUUAGUGGGUCAAGGACACAAAGUAGCUACAAGCUCUUCAUAAACAGGUCGGUCAGUGCUGUAGAAGAAAUCCCUGGUGGAACUCAGAAGAACAACCGACAGAACCUGUUAAGCUUAGGUUCCACCUUCUCUGUGUCUACAAAAGACUACACAGCAGCUGCUUCAUCACAGAAAUGUUUAUUCCACAGGAAGGAAAAGUUUUCAGGUCCAGAAUUUAUUAUUUUGUCUGGUGAACCACCAGUGACCUUGCAGCUGCCUGGAUCAAUUGUGACUAAAAAAGGGAAAUCCUAUUUGUCCCAAAGGGAUCUCAAUGUGAUUCUACUCAAUGGGCAGUGCCUCGAGGUGCAAUGUGACAUCAAGACCAAGGCAAGAGAUGUUUUCAACACAGUGGUGGCGUAUGCAAACUUGGUGGAACAUUUCUACUUUGGCUUGGCUUACCUGAAAGGUAAAGAAUUCUUCUUUUUGGAUGAGGAGACCAAACUCUACAAAGUGGCCCCAGAUGGCUGGAAUGACCAACCCAAGAAGAAAACCUCCAUCAUUAAUUUCACACUCUUUCUAAGGAUAAAAUUCUUUGUCAACCACUUUAAUGUUAUCCAGCACGGCUUGACAAGGCAUCAGUUUUACCUGCAGCUUCGUAAAGACAUUUUGGAAGAACGAUUAUAUUGCAAUGACGAGACUGCCCUGAAACUCGGCGCUUUGGCUUUACAGGCAGAGCUUGGCAAUUAUGCUUCUGAGAUGCAUGGAAAGAACUAUUUUCGUGUCGAAGACUAUGUUCCAGCAAGUCGAGUAGAGAAAAUGACCCUGGCGUUUGUACAGCGAGAGCUUGCUAAAUUACAUCGUAUGAAUCGUUCCCUAUUUGAGGAUGAAGCUGAACUAGAAUUUUUAAAGGUGACUCAGCAACUUCCUGAAUAUGGAGUGCUAUUCUAUCGCGUGUCCCAAGAGAAGAAAGGAGCAGAAGGGGACAUAAUCCUGGGAAUCUGUGCCAAAGGCAUCAUUGUCUAUGAGAUCAAAAACCACACAAGAAUUGCCAGUUUACGAUUCCAGUGGCGUGAAACAGAGAGAAUUUCAGCUCAUAGAAAAAAAUUCAUGAUUGAAAGCAGCUUCAGUGGCAAGAAACACACCUUCAUUACUGAUACAGCAAAGACAUGUAAAUAUCUACUGGACCUCUGUUCUGCCCAGCACAAAUUCAAUGCGCAGAUGAAUUCUAGGCAACUUCGGCAAACUUCAUCAGAGGACAGUAAAUUUGUGGAAAUAGACAAAUCAAAUUCUGCAUAUGCAGCUCAGCGUGAACACCUUGCUCUUAUCCAGAGACUGUCUCGUUCAGAGAAUGUGCUCUAUGGAGCAAAUCUGGAAAACCUUUCUGCUGGGAUGAUGAGCAAAUCUUGUGACAACCUCAGUGUGGAAACCAACAACAGGAUGAGAGACAAAAGCAAUCUUGGCAGGUCCUUAUCAGGCCUAUCCCAGUCAGAAAUGCACAUCAAUUUGAAUGAAAAGCAAAGGAGCUAUGACUACCUCUCUAUCCAUUCAACUCAGAACACAAUCAGUGCACCUGCAUCACCAGCCAUUCAAAAGGAAAUUUUUCUAAGUGGUCUAGAAAGAGAAAUCAUUUGUGUCAGCCUAAAACGUGACCCUAAGAAUGGAUUUGGUUUUGUAAUUAUUGGAGGAGAAAAUGUAGGAAAAUUAGACCUUGGUAUCUUUAUCGCUUCAAUUAUCCCUGGUGGACCUGCAGACAAAGCUGGAAAUAUCAAACCAGGCGGACGACUCAUCUCUGUGAAUAAUAUUAGCCUUGAGGGUGUUUCAUUUAAUACUGCAGUUAAAAUCAUACAGAACUCUCCUGACGAAGUGGAGCUCAUCAUCUCUCAACCUAAAGACUUGUAUGAAGAAGGAUUAAAUGAAGAAAAGAUUCUAUCAAGAGGAAACAGUACUAGUGGAUCUGAGAUCUCUUGUGUAGACAGUGGGAGAAAAAAGAUUCAGGAUUGUCAUACAGCUCUCCCCAAAGAACAAGACACAAACACAGAUGAACUUGAAAAGACUCUUUCCUGGAGUAUAGCACCAAAAUUGGGCUCUAGGAUUCCAGCUCCUUCAGCUGAUAGCCUGGAUGCAGAGGUAGCUGAUUCUGCCCACUUACCAUCUCCAUCAGAAACGAACUCAAAGGAAAUCUACACGGUGGAGCUUCUUAAAGAAGAUGGGACUUUUGGAAUCAGUGUGACUGGUGGAAUUAACACUAGUGUGCGUCAUGGUGGGAUAUACGUGAAGUCAAUUAUUCCCAGGGGACCAGCAGACAAAGACGGACAAAUAAAGAUAGGUGAUCGUCUGCUGGAAGUAGAUGGCAUCAGUCUCUGUGGCAUCACCCAUAAACAGGCUGUGGAACACCUGAAGAAAUCUGGCCAGAUUGCCAAGCUGGUUCUAGAAAGGGGAAACUACCAACUGGCAGAGCCAGGUGUGACUGCUAAUGACAGAAAGGAGGACCAAUGUGCAGUUGUUUCUGUGGCAACAUCCUUCACAGAUGGUACCAAGGACUACUGCUUUUUGACAGAUGAUAAUACUUUUGAAGUGACAUUAACAAAGAAUUCUGGAGGCCUUGGAUUCAGUGUCCUGCAAAUGGAAGAAGAUUCUUGUGAACACCUUGGAGGAGCUAUUGUAAGGAUCAAAAGACUGUUUCCAGGGCAGCCAGCUGAAGAGAAUGGAGAAAUUGAAGUUGGAGACAUCAUUUUAGCUGUGAAUGGGAAACCUCUUCGAGGGCUUUUGUAUCAGGAUGUCCUGCACUUGCUGAGAGGAGCUCCUCGAGAAGUCACACUGCUACUUUGCAGACCACCAAAAGGUGUUCUUCCAGAAAUAGAGCAGUUUGCCCUGACUCCAGCACCAUCUCCAGUCAAGGAGUUUGUGGCAGAAAUGCCAGGUGGAACCAGUAUGGAUCAAUCUACCAGUGAUGGAGGUAGUACUUCUCCAGACCUGGAAGACUGCCUGGAUUCUCCAGUGGCAGAAGAUUUCAGUGAGCCUCCUGAAGAUGACAGCUCAGCUUAUGAAGAGCAGGAAGCUGAGUUUCAAGGCAAGACCAUAGAGAAGCUCACGACUUCCAGGGAGAGUUUCUAUAAGCAUCUUUGGAAGUUUCAUCAAGAAGCUUCCAGUUCUGAAGUAUUACACUCCCUAGAGGAAGAAAUGAAGCAGAACUGCUACUCACCAUGUGAAUUUGGACAGGUCAAAAGCCGCGUAUUUAAUAAGAAUCAUGAUGACCUAUCGAACACAAAAUGUAUGCCUGAAACUCUCUCUCUAACCCCUAUUGAUGAAGAGUAUCUCACUGUCAGCUCAAUGCCUGUGGCUCCACUUUCACGAGGAGGAAGCUUUGAGACUCUCUCUGCAACCACUGCGACCCCACAAGCACGUGUUUGUGGUCCCUUAUCAUCAUCCCCACCUGCCAGAGAGACACGUGACAGCGACAAUGAAUGGGAAGACUUGGAGGAACCAGAGGAAGAGAAGGAAGAAAAUGAAGAUUGCACUCAGGAAACGGAGAUAUUUGUGACUUUGACCAAGUCAGAGAACAACGGGUAUGGAUUCUCUGUAGUUCUUAACAAAGUGGAUACCUGCCUGUAUGUUGAUGAAAUCUUGAAUGACCCUGCUCUUUCUGAUGGAAGACUGAGAAGGGGAGACAGAAUCAUUAUGGUGAAUGGAAUUGAUGUCACAUCUUUACCAUGCAAUGAAGUCCUGACUUUACUGCAAAGCUCUCCUCCUGAUCUGCACCUUGUGGUUGGUCGUGCUGACAAUGAUCCACAUCCCUCUAUUAGGCCAGAUGAGAUUCCUGUAAUUACUCUCACAAAAGGUGCCAAUGGACAGCUAGGCUUGAAGCUGACAGGAGGAGCUGGAAGCAAGUUGCAAGGUAUUUAUGUGCUAGAGAUAGUGCCCGGCUCUCCUGCCAGUGUGGAAGGCAGUUUGCAGCCACAAGAUCAGAUUGUUUACAUCUGUGGACUAUGGACUGAGGGCAUUAGCCUGGAUGAUGCAGUGAGAGUGUGUGAAGCUGCCACGCAGAAUGUUCAAAUCAAAGCCACAAGAAAUGGCAAUCCAGUGGUUCCUAUAGAGCAGGAAAAUAGGCCACUGGCUGAGACAGAGAAAGCCAAUAUUUCUUUGUCAAAUGAAAACCUGAAUUCCAGAGAACAGCAUCUGUUGCAUCAACAUGAGAAACAUUUGGAGGAAACAAACUGUGGUGCUGAGCAAAACACUCCUGAUUCUCCAGAAUGUAAAGACUUCAUUAUUAAGAUCGAGCUGGAAAAAGCAGAAAAUGGAAGCCUAGGAUUUGCACUGGUAGGUGGAAGAAAUGGCAGGGCCAUCCUAAUAAAAGCCAUCAGCCCAGACAGCAUUGCAGACCUAGAUGGGAGGCUUCAAGUUGGUGACAUUCUACUUAAGGUGAAUGAGACUUUUGUCUCUGGUCUGCCACGCCAAACAGUUACGGAUUUGCUGCGCAAGGCUCAAGGAACCGUCCAACUCACAGUCUGUCGAAGUGUGGCUUUGCACUGGGCUUAUUCAGGCAAUCAGAGUAACAGACCUUCCCCCACAAACACAAAAGCAGAGCCUGCUAGUGCUGAGGAAAGUCUGCGAGCUCAACCUGUUUUCAGUUUCAAGGAAGAAGGCUCCAACCAGAUGUGCAGUAAGCUGCAGGAUCUAGAAAGUACACACAAUUCUCUUCAAGGUCAGCUGGCUGGACAAGACUAUAGGGAUAUCAUCAGUAACAUUUCAGACAGGUCACAGAAAUAUUCAGAAUGUGAAGGCUGUGGAAGAGAAAAUCAUCAGUCUGAGUCAGACUGCUGGAACAAUGAAGAUGAUGUUAUGCCCCACAGGAUUCCUGUUCUACCUAGAAACAGAACCUUUGCUUCUGGAGAUGAACUGACUCAGUUAAUUAACUUGAAACCAUCACGGUCUGGACUAGAUCCAAGGACUGGCAUCACAGGUCUUAUUCAAGGCCUUCAGUUGCGGAUUGAGAAUCAAGAGGUGUUAAAGGAGUUUAUGGCUUUAGAACAUGUGAAACCAAUAGAUGAGUGCAGAACUGGCAAAGCACCAGAAAACCGGCAUAAAAACAGAUACCAAGACAUUCUUCCAUAUGAUAAGACACGAGUUCCUCUGGGGGAAAAGAAUGGCUACAUUAACGCAAGUUAUAUUAGAAUGAAAGUUGGAGAAGAGGAACAUUUUUAUAUCAUAACCCAAGGGCCUCUGCCAUCCACUAUGGCCGAUUUCUGGCAAAUGAUCUGGGAGAGUGAAUCAAAUGUGAUUGCCAUGAUGACAAAAGAAGUGGAGUUAGGGGAAGUCAAAUGUCAUCGAUACUGGCCUGAGCCUCCCACUGACUCUAAAGACCUGGCAAAUUUCCAUCUCAGGCUAGACAAUUACCAGAUUCUGGAAUACUUCGUAAUUAGAAAAAUAGAAGUGAUCAACAAGCAGACAGAAGAGAAGCGCUUUAUAAGUCAUUUGCAAUUCACCACUUGGCCAGACCACAAUAUUCCCAAACUGGCCGAGCAGCUUGUAAAAUUUAUUUGUCACAUGAGAAAAGCUCACAGUACAGGACCUAUUGUUGCUCACUGCAGCACUGGCAUUGGAAGAAGUGGAGUUUUGCUGUGUAUUGAAAUUCUGCUCAGCUAUAUAGAAAAAGAUUUACGUUUCAACAUCAAGCAGAUAGUGAGGGAUUUGAGAGAUCAGCGUUUUGGCAUGAUCCAAACUAAGGAUGAGUAUUUAUUCUGUUAUGAAGUUGUCCUGGAAGUCCUUCAGAUCCUCCGAACAAUGGAUUCCUACUGACUACAAUAUGACUCUUCCCUGUUGCUUUCCCCUUGGACUCCAGGGACCACUCAGCAGUUACUUUAAAGAGAUGUUAAGCCAGGACAGAUGAGUGUUAUUAUGUGUUUUUUUUAGAUUACUCUGAUUUCUAAGGCAUUUCAAAACCUUGCUUAACACAUCCUGGGUAAGUCAUUUAAAUCUUGGCUCAAAGUUUGGAGAAGCAGCCAGCCAGCACUGCAACACUGCUGCUUUAAAUUGCCAUGGACAAUUUUUACAUUCUGUGUAAUAAUAUAUUAAUUGUUAUGAAAAUAUUUUGGGACUGUGUCAAGGAUAUUAGCUUUACUUUCCAGACGGCAGCUAUAAAGAUCUAAGGUUUUGCUGGUGUUUGUGGAAGAUUAGUUGUUCCUCAUCUAUUGUUAUGCACUAUUGGCUUCUGGACUGCAAAGCAGUAUUUAUUAGAGUAGUUAUGCUUUUGUGUGGAAGGACUCAAUUUGGUUGCUUGAACAAUGUAGAACCAUUUCCAGUCAUCACUCCAGCCUAGGGUUUUAUACCACCUUCAGUAGUCAUCUUAAAUCAAGAAACUAACAGUAAAAAUAGAAUGCCUUUAAACUCUCAUUGGUUCUCUUCAAAGGAAGAGCUCAGCAAUAUGCACAGAUGUAGAUGAACAGUAUUCUUUCAUUCUACAUCUGUAUAAAAAGGGAUGCAACACUAAGCCAGGUGAAAUGACUGUGUGUGCGUUGUGGCACAUGCAUACAUUUCAUCUUCCCCUGAUCCUUUCCACUGAUUAACUAUCUUGUAAUUCUUACCUAGGAUUUGAACUGAUCUAUGGGAAGUCCCACUGAUUUCAGUAGGGGCUGAAUCAAAUCUUUAAAUUAGAGUAAAGGACUCUCUGUACAGUUUAUUUCUCUUGUAAAAAGUAUUUCUGUUCAUGUGAAUGGAUUUGAGCACAAAUAUGCUGUUAAAGUUGUAAGAUUGCACUUGUUUCUAUAGUACUACUUCUAAGUCCUUUAUCUAGAAGGUGACGUAUAUGGAAGUGAUUACAUGUCCAUUGGAAGAAUAACUUUUAAACACAGGAAACUGUAGCAAUCUGACUGAAUUGUACAUAUUUUUAAAAAUUCUUUGAUUUCAGGAAAAGAAAAAAAAUAUUAAGAGGCAUUGGAUAUAAAACUGAAGUAGAAGCAAGACAAUAAAAUGCCUGUCUAUUUUCA